UGGACAGUUGAACACCCACAGUCGGCAGCAGGUUGCGUGUGGGUGACAGCGGCUAGCAACACACUUCACCCGUAAAACGGGGAACGUUAGCUUAGUUAACAGGAAACUGCGGGUGAUUUUAUGUUCUACAUAGCUCAAGAGACCGCUGGCUAAAAGGAUAAAACGCUAUUUCUGACUACGGCGAGGAUGUCUGUCCCGGCAGGAGAGGGAUGAAGAUGACACCACUGUUAGGGCGAGUUGUGUCAGUGUGGUUAUGUGUAACGAUAACGUUAGUUGUAGUCUGUCGGUACCCUAGUUGCAAUGUUGGUUGCACGGAGACGCACCAGGAGACCCAGAGGCCCGUGUCCUCACAGGACGACGGUUCGGAGGAGGAGUCAGGGGUAAAGGGCCAUCAUCGCAAGGUUGAGGAAAGCUGGGUCUUACCUGCUCAGUCCCUGUCUGAAAAUGAGCAGUUAAUAGAGGAUGAUCUGCAAAAAGAGGAGCAAACAGCACAGGAGGUGGACAAAAAACAAUAUUCAGAGGCCUUUGAAGUGGAGGAGGCCACUGUAGAGGUGGAGUUGGAGGCAGACAAAGGAAUUUCACAACCUGAGCCAGAGUCUGAGCAGAGCGCAGAAAAGCAACAUCCUGAGACCUCCACCACUCAAAACCAGGUCUCAGCCUCCCUGCUACCUUCCUCUGACCCUGUCACUGGUUUUGCUGCUGAGCUUAAAGACAACCACAACAACCUUUACCUUCAAGAAAACAUCCCAAAUAGUGUUUCAGAUGAGGCAUCUGACGUAGCUGCCCCCGAGGUCACUGAUUCUGACCUGCCUCCAGCUGACUGUGAAGAAGAAGAGAUCAACCCAUACGACAGUGAUAGCAGUCCUCCAGUUGUUCUGGAGAACACUUCCAAUGCUCACACUGCAGGUACUAAAAUCCACACUGAGCCCCCUCUGGGUUCUCCUACUGGUCACAGCACACAGCAUCUGGAGGCCAACACAUCACACAUGCUGAAAGAGCAAGACCUGAGCUCCCCUGUUACCACAGACACAGAUUCCAGUGUGAGCAGCAAAGACCCAGAGGACAUCCCCACUUUUGAUGAGUGGAAGCGGAAGAUGAUGGAGGUGGAGAAAGAAAAGACUCAGUCUACUCAUACUUCUAACAAUGGAGCUCCUCAUACAGUAAAGAAGGUCCAAAAGAACUUUAAUAACUAUGCCUCAGUGGAGUGUGGAGCUAAGAUCCUUGGUGCUAACCCAGAAGCAAAGAGCACUUCAGCCAUAUUGAUGGAGAACAUGGACUUGUACAUGCUGAACCCCUGUAGUAAUAAAAUCUGGUUUAUCAUUGAGCUCUGUGAGCCCAUCCAGGUGAAGCAGUUGGACAUUGCUAACUUCGAGCUCUUCUCUUCUACUCCAAAAGACUUUCUUGUCUCCAUCAGUGAUAGAUAUCCCACAAACAAGUGGCUGAAGCUGGGGACUUUUCACGCGCGGGAUGAACGCACAGUCCAGAGCUUCCCAUUAGACGAGCAUCUUUAUGCUAAAUAUGUGAAGAUGUUCACCAAGUACAUAAAGGUAGAGCUGGUCUCUCACUUCGGCUCUGAACAUUUCUGUCCCCUCAGUCUCAUAAGGGUGUUUGGCACAAGCAUGGUAGAAGAGUACGAGGAGAUAGCUGAUCCCCUAGGAAGACCAGAUGAUCAGGAUGAUGACUUGGAUUAUCCUCCUGGAUAUACACCUGGUGAAGUCAAGUUAUCCAAGAAUCUGAUUGGAUCAGCAACGGAUGUAAUUUUGAACAUGGUGAAUAAUAUUGCCGUCAAUGUUCUUGGUGGAAGCCCAGAGAUGCAAGGCAACCUUUCAUCACAGGGAGUAAACAUGACUGAGCCGUCACCCCAGCUGGAAAGCACCACUCAAACUACCACCACAGACCUUACUCCAGUUCUUAUGUCUGAAGAUGAAGAGAUUUUAGUAGACCCUGAUGUCACUCCAACUAUAGCCCCCUCCUCAGACACCCCUGUGCCAGAGACACCUACCGCUGAUACAAGCAAUCAAGUGCUCCCCCAAGUCGAGGAAAAAAUUGUCAUUCCUUUAGAGAAAGAUGAGGAAGAACAUAUCAGCUCUACAAUUAUCCUUUUGGAUAAGGAGGAGGAGCUGGAUGAAGGAAAAGAGAAAAGGGAUCAGCAUGAGCAAGAAGACAUUCAAAACUACUGUUCACUGCUUCCAUCAUAUUUUUCCUCUUGCUCUUGCGCAACUUCGCUCGAGGAGUAUCUCCAUUGGCGGUGUUCGUCCUUGCUGUCCAAAAAAAGGAAAUGCCAGUCUACAGGCAGAAAGCAAAUGAUUCCUCCCAUCCAGACACCCACCUGGCACCUACCCCUGUCCCCCUCUUCCUGCCCUGAACCUCAGCAGCACCACAGCGAGGUACAUCAGCCCCAUGAAAAGGAACAAGCUUCUGAACAAGAGCCAGAGAGCGGAGCCAGCCCGUCAGAAACCCCACAGCCUCCUGGGAGCGCAGUAGAAUCUCAUGAAGAGUCCAUGUCCGAACCUCCUUUGCUGGAGCCCAGUCAAACCUUGAACCUCCCCAAACCCACUGCCUCUGCCAAACCUACCCCUAUUGUGGAGACACUACAGCUGUCUUCUGAGGAACCAGCGAGGGAGCUGAGGCCAGAAAAGAGCCAGGAUAUGGUGGCUGAAGAGAAGCACAUUGAGCCGUCAGCUUCUCCCAAUAGCUCCAUCUAUGUACAACCCAGUGUCAGUGCCACGGUGGACGAUGCCUCAGUGGCGCCAACAGAAGAGAAGCCUAAAGUUGAUGUUUCUCAACUAGAAAUAAAUACCCCAGAAAAGACAGAUCAAGCCCAAAUUCUUCAUCCCACCACCUCCUCUCAUUUAGAACAUCACCCUGACCCACCAGCUGUACCUGAAAGUGGUACUACUUCCACUGAAGUAGCCAACCCUGCUGCAGACACCGUUACAGAACUUGAGCCCUCUGGUGGUCACAUGUUCACAGAAAGUAAAAUAGAGGAUUUUGGAGAAGACCUCUCUAUAUCGGCAGGUGGCAAUGUUCAGUUGCCUCCGGCUUUUUCUUCCUCGCCGUCACUCUCAGACAUCUAUGCAGAGCCCCCCAAUGGUACAGAGCAGAACGGGAACCCGGUGCAUGGCUCCAGCCAGAAGGAGUCUGUGUUCAUGAGACUCAAUAACCGCAUCAAGGCCCUAGAGAUGAACAUGUCACUCAGCGGACGCUACCUGGAGCAGCUUAGCCAGAGGUAUCGAAAGCAGAUGGAGGAGAUGCAGAAGGCUUUCAACAAAACCAUCAUUAAACUUCAGAACACCUCGAGAAUAGCAGAGGAGCAGGACCAACGUCAGACUGAGUCCAUUCAGUUGCUGCAGGGCCAGCUAGAGAAUGUGACUCAGGUGGUUCUCAACCUGUCUGUCAGAGUCUGCCAGCUGCAGAAUGAGGUGUCAGACAGGCAGAACUACCUGCUGCUGUCUCUGGUGUUGUGUCUGUGUCUUGUCCUGCUGCUGUGUGCCAACCAGCGCCGCAUCACCACUGUUCCUCCAAAUGCAGAACCAGAGCCACCCAUAGCUAAGAGCUACACCUACUGCUGUUCUGAAAGGCAGUUCUCGUUUGGUGACGAAACGGGCUUGAAGAGAAGUGCAUCAUAUCCACUCAUACACUCCGAGUCAUUCCAGUUAGACACCACUGAAGGCCCAGAAAUGCUGCACUCAGAGGAGACACAUAGUCUUUGUCCAGCCAACAGAAAGAGGAGACGCCGUAAGAUGAAACCUAUGGAGAAAGUGGAGACACUGAAACCUUCUUUUCAUGCUCCCCCUGAGCUGUGUAAUGGAGCUGUUGUAUGUAAUGGUGUACCUGUUAACACAAACCCUACACCCCUUGCGAAAAGGUUACUUCAACCUAUGUUUAGAGACUCGCCAUCAGAGGGCAGCUCGGAGGGAUCUUCACACUCUGAUGACCCUACCUUCUGUGGCAUCACCACUGCUUGUAGUCGAAUCUGUGAAGGCGUCCCUCCACCCAAGACACGGGCGGAGAAACGGGCAUUAAGACGCAGGCGUCCUAAGCCCAAUUGUGCAGUGGUGGACUUGCUUCAGGCGCCACGGAGGGACAAGAGCGAAUUAUUGCCCAUCUCUACCACACAAGCCCCCAUCAUGAACAGGAAAACGGAGCAAAGCUCCGGGACAUUUGGGAUAAAUGUUGCCCUCUCAGGUCCUGUUUGACAUUUGACAUUUCCACUCCUUCUCACUAACUGCUGAACUCUUUCCAAAAGACAGUAGAUGUGAAUUUCUGUAGCCACAGGCAGCUUGAAGCUUUCACAUGAGACAAUCCCUUCGCAUAAUCCCUUGUUUUGUUUUCAGUUCAUGCUGUCUAUUCAGUUCUUGUCAGAUGUUUAUAUUUGUUAUACUUCAAAUUAAAGAAAUGUCUUCCCAGCUUUCCAUUAAA